GCCAGCUGCUUGCAGCUGCUGUACGAGGGGACUGUUACAGCCGUGGCGGCAGCACUUAUAGCUGUGAUGGCGAGGAUUCGAAGAUCGAAGUCGGUGAGAGGGCCGUUAUUGUUGCUGGCAAAUACGACAGGUCUCCCUUCUUCUCGUGCUCGUCGAUAAUAGAAUUAGUAGCAGCGGCAACAACGAGUCAGCAAGCAAAACGAGCUGCUGUUACCAGCUAGCUGUUUGCCGGUCACGAAGAGUGGACACUUGUGGUUGCGUUCCAGCAGUUAUAGGUUGUACGGCGAAAAAUCUUCACGCAGUCAGUAGUGGCCAGACGAUACAGUGCAUAAUGGUGUGUCCUCGUCUGUGCAUCUAGUGCACACACUACUUUAACUACAGUGAUCUAUCGAGAGAGAAAAGAGUAAGGCAUAAACGUAACUAAGUGUAUUGAGCUGAACGCUGCUUUUCCGCUACUACUGUUCUUUUUUUAGCUUGCGCUAGCGAGAGAGAGCAAGUUCUUUCGGACAAUCCUGUUACGUGCUACAGCAGAUGUGACACCCGCUCUAGCAUUUUGACACGACGGAACUCAUGCGGCAGCUGUUCUAAAUUGUGCGAGCAGUGCGCGAGCAUAUGAGAUACGUUUCAGGGAAAUCCGCCUCAGGAUGAUAUAAUUAUCUCGACAGAUAUCAGGAAGAACAGAACAACAAGGAUAAUUCGACGACAGUAAGGAACUCUUCACAUAAUCUGAAUAGAUUUCACCGGCGACAGCAGUUUAUGUCGCCAUCGCUGGUGUAGACGAUCGACGACGAAUCGACAGAGGAUACCACAUCUAAAACAACGAGGAAAGCGCUAAUCCAACUGAUACCCAUAAGUCAGUCUAAUAGUGAAGUAACUUUCUCGCAGCAGAGACACAUGGGGGAGAGAAAUACUGAAAGUGUCAGUGGAGAGGUAACAUUAGGUGCGUCAACACAAUUAUUGGCAUCAACAGCAGCGGCAGCAGCAUCAAAAGGAGCAAUGGCAGCCUACUUAAAUGGCGCUCAGAAUGGAAGCAGUGAUGGUGGAAGCCUUGAGGCAGUCGUCGGCGCCCCCCUGUGUCCGCAGAUGCUCGCACUCUUCCGUGAGGCCAUGCGCUUCGACUCGUGUAAGAACAAGGAUGUACCAGCUCACUCAUUUGUUGUAUUUGGAGCGUCUGGUGACCUCGCGAAGAAAAAAAUCUAUCCAACUUUAUGGGCUCUAUUCCGUGACGACCUUCUACCCAAAGGCACGAAAAUUAUCGGCUACGGAAGAUCACCGCUAACGAUCGAACAGCUAGAAGAAAGGAUUCGACCAUACAUCAGGUUUCGUGAUACAAAUGAAGACGGUCGAGCUCAGCAGCUACGAGAAUCGGAUGAAGUUCUCUUUAAAGAGUUCUUCACUGCUAACAGCUACGUCACCGGCAGCUAUGACGAAGCGUCGGCCUUCGAAAAUCUCCAGGCCCAUUUAUUGGGCCUUGAAGAGGGCAGCAUGGUUGCAAACAGGCUUUUCUAUCUCGCUUUACCGCCAACUGUCUUCCAGUCCGUUUCCAAGAUGGUUAAGCAGUACUGCAUGAGCUCGAGUGGAUGGUCCCGACUAAUUAUCGAGAAACCGUUCGGGCGCGAUCUGAAAUCCUCUGCUGAGUUAUCUCGUCAUCUUGCGUCAGUCUUCAAAGAAGAACAGAUCUAUCGUAUAGAUCAUUACUUAGGAAAAGAGAUGGUCCAAAACCUCAUUACCCUUCGAUUUGCUAAUAGGAUCUUUGGACCGACUUGGAAUAGGGACAACAUAGCCUGCAUUGUGAUCACCUUUAAGGAAGAUAUUGGCACACAGGGUCGCGGUGGUUACUUCGAUCAGUUUGGAAUCAUUCGUGAUGUCAUGCAGAAUCACUUAUGUCAGAUUCUCAGCAUUGUGGCAAUGGAGAAACCCGUAUCCACGAAGGCCGAUGAUAUUCGAGAUGAGAAAGUUAAGGUUCUGAAGUGCGUGUCCCCGAUUCGGCUAGAAAAUGUAGUUCUCGGUCAAUAUGUGGGUAAUCCAUCGGGCACUGCAGAGCAGACGCAAGGCUAUCUUGACGAUCAGACAGUGCCUCGUGGUUCCAUUACUCCCACGUUCGCUACAGCCGUAUGUUAUAUUAACAAUGAGCGUUGGGAUGGUGUUCCAUUUAUUCUGCGAUGCGGAAAGGCACUGAACGAACGCAAGGCCGAGGUGCGUAUUCAGUAUCGCGAUGUUCCUGGUGACAUCUUUGAUGGACAAACAAAACGUAAUGAGCUUGUAAUGCGCGUACAACCCGGGGAAGCCGUCUACGUGAAACUGAUGAACAAGAAGCCAGGAAUGUCGUUCGGAAUCGAGGAAACCGAACUAGACCUCUCGUACAAUAGCCGAUACAAAGGUAUGGUGCUUCCGGAUGCUUACGAACGACUUAUCCUUGACGUCUUCCUUGGUAGUCAGACCAACUUUGUACGUAGCGAUGAGUUGGCCGAAGCCUGGCGUAUCUUCACGCCGUUGUUAAAACGAAUUGAAGACGAUCGCGCUAAACCAAUUCGAUAUGUUUUCGGAAGACCUAACUUUAGUCUGCGACCAGAUCCCCCUCCCAUGGCCUCUUCUUCUUCUGUCCACGCAGCGCAGCGAUUGUCACACUCAAGUCCUCAGUCCUUCAGCCUUCCCUCAGUGCACUCCCCCAACUAUGCUGCGACAUCCUCGCCUCGUUCGUCUUCCACCUCCACCACCGCCUCUUACUUCUCUACCACAACCUCGUUCCACCGCUCACCGACGCUUCCUGCUAUUAUACCCGUCCUUCACGAGGAACAUGUCGUACAUCAGCAGCAACAACGCAGUAUAGAUGCAGUCGAAGCAUACUCGAACUCAGCGUCAAGCCAACAACAACAGCCCUCAGGCUCCUCACAGACUGUCGCGUUAGGCGCAGUCCAAAAGCAGCAGAAGAAAGUCCGCCUCAUUCAGGUCCCCGCGUCUGAACUACCAUCGGGGGGUAUCAACGGACCGUUGAGGCCGCUCCGAUCGACUCGACUAAGGCCUCGGCCACCCCGGCACCCGCCGUUCUCGCCGAUUUACCAGCUGCAUAAGGAGGUUAAGCAUUUGUCGUUCCUUUUGCUCAUGGUUAUUCUGGCGAUCGUCAUCUGCGUUCUGCUUUAUUUUAUGCUUAAGCAACGCCGCGAGCUGACGCGCAGGUUAAUAAAGGACCGCUACUUUACUUGAACGUCCGAUCGAAGGAGGUCACACAUAUGGGACAGAACCACGUUGUUGAAGAGAUGGAAAAUUUCUACCUUCCGUUGACCGACUAUGAGUUCGUGUCUGGUGGAUCGGAACAUGCUGAUCAUAUACGGGCCGUGUAAUGUCUAUGUGUGUGGCAAGUAGCGAACCCAACUUGUCCAAUGAGUCGCGGUCCCAAGGAGUCCGAUCUGCUGAUGAACUCGAAGGGCUUCAAUUACUACGGAACCUACCGUUGGGACAGGAACUCCAAGAUA